ACGUCCCAGAAGCCUCGGUUGAGUUUUGUAGUCACGUGACUUUGCAUAAAAGCGUCGCCAACACGUGAACUUGUCGUCCUCCCAUGUUGGUUUCAUUUUGAAGGUGAAGCGUCCUUUAGCGUGUGCGGACAGCCUCCAUACAAGUAAGCCAGAAGAUGUCGACUUUGUCUGCUGCCAGCGUGGAGUCAGCUGCUGAGGGCACUGAGCAGAAGAAGCCUCUGAAACCUUGCUGUGCUUGUCCAGAGACAAAGAAAGUCAGAGAUGCUUGCAUCAUUGAAAAGGGAGAGGAACAGUGCACACAACUCAUCGAGGCACAUAAAGAUUGCAUGAGGGCGCUUGGCUUCAAGAUUUAACCACUCCGUUUUGUGUGUGUGUGCUGUUGUGGAAGAUGACGACCCUGGACAUUCCCUUUUUUUUCACCUUAUUUAUACCUUGGCCUGAAAGGGAAAUGGUGGUGGUGAUGGCACUGCUGGGUUGAUGGUCUUUCUGUGAAAUUGUUUUUUAAGUCCUAAGAAUUUGGAAAAAAUGUGAAUAUCUAAAAUGUGUGAAAUUGAAUAAAGUCUAUGCAAUAACUCA